AUGAUGGCCGAGAAAUAUGUGCAGAGUCGCCACACCGAAGCCGCCAUCCGACUCGCCUACACCUUUGCCGCCCUCGGUGCCAAAGUUGCCGCCGACGCCAAGAAGCUCAAGAUCUGCGAGCACGCCGACCCGGAAUGCACGGCGCUGCUGCUGCGCGAGCUGGAGACGCUCGAGUAUACCUUUACCGCCAACGACCCGGCGGAGUUCGGCGGGCAGACGCUGCACUUCUACAGGGCAAAGGAUGGUGUCCUGGUGGCUAGCGGUAUGAUAAUCGAAGCCGUCGAGGCGUGGAGGGACGAAGAUGAUCGUAUCGUGCAAUACAAACUUCUCGAGUACACCACGGGGAAGAAGCCAUCGGUGGUCGUCGCUUCAUUGAGAGCAAGAGUCUCCGCCGACCCGGAUGUCCUUUCCCCAACCGAAUCAUUCUCCGCCAUCCCAUCAGCUCGUGCUCAGGCUCAAGCCAUCCUGAGACUGCUUUCUCGCAUGAGUUGGGAAUUCGUGACGGUCGCCCUCUCCGAAAACGACGCCGCCUCCCUGUCCGUCUUCCGCCACUUUGAACGGCUCGCCGCCGAUUCUGGCGUUUGCCUGGCGGAGGUUGUCAAUUUAUCGGGUGAAGCUCCAGCCUCCCCCGGCUCGAGCACCAACGUCACCGUCGUGUUCGCCACCGCCAAGGACGCGGCUUCGUAUUUGGCUGCCGGGCAUAAUCAGGUGCACGUGCUCGUCGGCGACGCCCACGAUUUUUACCUCCAUGUGCCGAGCGACACGGCCAAGUACGUCGGCGCCGUCUCCAUCCAGCCGAAGGACAUCGUGUACCCGGAUUUCCGCGAAUGGCUCGAGACGGUGUCCCCGUUGAACUUGCCGGAGAUGUGGUUCUGGGGCUUCAUCGAGCACCGGUUCCAGUGCGCCUUGUCGCAGAAGAGCAAGCUCGUCUACGGCAAGAUGUGCAGUGGGGACGAGCUGUUGGACGUGGCCAGGCUGGGCCGUAUGACACGUGCCGGCUACCUGUCCAGAGGUCCAUUCGGCCGCUCAUCUCCAGUCGUCUCGAAAUGCGUGCCGCCACUCUGCAAAUGUUUCCUCGAGGGAGACUUCUUCCAGCGUCCAUUGGACAACUUCGUCGCCGGCGGCAUCGUCGAGCGGGACUCUGGCGCCUCCUAUGUCCGAAAGCAGCCCGCUUUUGGCGCCGACACUGUCCAAUACACAUCGAUUCUCGAACACCUCAGCGCCGGCGAAUGGCGAGCCCAUCCGCACAACUUCGUCCUGUUGGCCGUCAUCUCGCUACUGACAAUCUCCGCCCUCGCCGUGCUCAUCCUCGUGCUCGUCAAGUUGUACCUCCGGGUCGUCAAGGGCAAUCAAUCGCUCGGAAUUUCGCUGCUUGUCGGCAUUAUCCUCCUCUACAUCACCGCGUAUUUCUUCGUCUUUGACGCCACUGACAUGGUCUGCCGAGCCCGCGUCAUCCUCCACGGCAUGGCCUACACCAUCUGCUUCGGCGUCAUGAUCGCCAAGGGAGCCCAGCUGCGCAACGCCGAGACGCUCUACUCGACCUCACACGUGCACAUCAGCUUCUGGAACUACUGGCUGCUGCUGUUCUUCAUCUUUGGCGUGCAGAUUGCGCUCUCUGUUCG